CCCAGCGGCAUUAAUCUCCGUCCACAAGCAAGCUUGGCACCGGAAUCGGCCAGUGUGUAACCUCACAACGGAGAGCUGCUCCCCAUUUCCUGGUGCUAUUCUGCCCCGGUUCCUGAGAAGACCUACUUUCUGCUCUCUGGAGAAAUGGGCUCCAAAUGGAACAAAUGGUAUCUCCAUGGAGGUCUGACUCUUUUGGGUAUCUUUUCUCUGAUUGCUCUGAUCCUCAGCUUGGUGAAAAUCCACAACAUCACACAACCUUCUGAGAACAAGUAUGGCUUGGUGUUUGAUGCUGGUUCAUCGCACACGUCCCUCUUUGUAUACCAGUGGCCGGAAGAGAAGGAAAACAAUACGGGCAUGGUUAGCCAGAUGUUCUCCUGCAAUGUCAAAGGACCUGGAAUCUCAAGCUACACCAGUAACCCUCCACAGGCUGGUGGUUCUCUGCGGGAAUGUCUGAAUGCAGCAAUCAGAGUUAUCCCUCCAGAAAGACAGCAAGAGUCACCAGUUUACUUGGGAGCUACAGCAGGCAUGCGACUGCUCAGGACACAGAACAAGUCAGCCGCAGCGCAGAUUUUGGAGGCGGUCUCACAAACGAUCCAGAAAUAUCCUGUGAAUUUCCAAGGUGCUCGAAUUAUCAGCGGGAAAGAAGAAGGGGCCUUUGGCUGGAUCACCAUCAACUAUCUGCUGAACUCCUUCACACAGUACUCGGCAAAAGACCGAGACUGGAUCCGUCCUCCCUCAGCCAAUAUCUUGGGAGCCCUGGACCUCGGAGGAGCCUCCACCCAGAUCAGCUUCAUCCCGGCUGGCCCAAUCGCAGAUCCAUCCGAAGCCCUGCAGUUCCGCCUCUACGGCUUCGACUACACCAUCUAUAGCCACAGCUACCUCUGCUACGGCCAAAACGAAGCCUUCCAGCGGGUGAUCCGGUUGAUCCUUGAUGGACCCGUCAGCGUUGAGGUGGGUCAUCCCUGCUACCCAAAAGGCUACGAAGAAAUAGUACAGAGGGCAUCUCUCUCUAGAAACCCCUGUACCAAGCCUCUGCCCCCAACCGCAUCUUCGGGGAACGUAACUCUAGUGGGCAAAGGGAACGUCACGCUUUGCCGGGAAAAGCUCAAAGCGAUUUUCAACUUCACCGGCUGUCGAGACCCGUCGUCCUGCGGCUUUGAGGGGACCUACCAGCCGAGAGUCAACGGGAAGUUUCUGGCCUUUUCUGCAUAUUACUACACUUUCCGCUUUUUGAACCUGACAGUCACUAGUCCAUUGGCCACUGUAGAGAAAGCCAUACAGAUUUUCUGUGCCAGAACAUGGAAAGAUCUGAGCACCAGUUACCCUCGCGAGAAGCCCUUCCACCUGAAGAAUUACUGUGCCAGUGCCAACUACAUCCUGACCCUUUUAUUGGACGGUUAUGGCUUCCAAAACGACACCUGGCAGAACAUCGCCUUCCAAAUGCAGGCCGCCAAUUCGGACAUCGGUUGGGCCUUGGGCUACAUGCUGAACCUCACCAACAGGAUCCCGGCUGAAGCCCCUCAACAGCUGAAAGGUCACGAAGAAGCUAUUUGGAUUGCAAGCAUCUUCUUCAUCGUGGCCACCCUGGCCCUCUGCCUCCUCGUCCUCAUUUUGCAUUCUCUGCUGUGAGGGACACCCCGAGAGGACUUUUGUCCCCACCACCCUCAUCCCUUGCUUGGGAGAUGUUCUGGGUCUUCUCCAACCAAGGCAUGAAGCUCUAAGGCCACACACGCGUCCUACCUCAUCCGUCUCUGCCCGUUUCGGUACGAGGCAGAGAUGGUCUCCUUCCAUGGAGGGCACCAACCCAACCCCUGACCCGUCCACCUCUCUUCAGCCUUGGGACGUAGGCUGCUUGUUUUUGGUUUCUUAUUUAUUAAAUCUGUCAGCCACCGACCCAUGGCGGGUUGAGGUGACAUCUUCAAGUUUCCGUAGGGUGAGACCUCCCUCAACAGAAAACAAGUUCAACGAGAAGAAAACAGUUCUUAGGAUGCCGUUUAAGAAAGGAACCUCUGACUAGCAAUGACAGCAUUCACUUGCUAAAGAAUGUAAUUUUCAGGAAAACAAUUAAGUUUCAGAUAGAGAAAGGAACGGGAGGUUUUGCUGGUGUAGCACAAAUUAGGAACCACAGACCACCCUGGAGGUUUUGAAGAAGAGAUUGGACAUCCAUUUGUCUGGAAUGGUGUAGGAUCUCCUGCUUGAGCAGGGGGGGGGUUGGACUAGAGGACCUCCAAGGUCCCGUCCAACACUAUUAUUCUGUGUCUGUUUUGAAUCACGGACCCCACCAUCAUCAUCAUCUCCUCUUCCUCCCCCUUCUAGUACUGAUGAUGCUACCUAUUUGGGUAACGAAACGUCUGCAAGAAAACAAA